AACGGGUUUUAGCCUUCACAACUCCUCCUCCACAGACCUUUAAAUGCUCUGCUUGACUGACUCUUAAGUCAACUAGACCUGACAGACAAACUCAGCUGUCAACAACAGUCCGCAUGAUAACAUAAGGAUUAAAAACAAACCUGUGUUAGGAUGUCUAACUUUGACGAACUUCUGCAGCACGCUGGAGAUUUCGGCUUUUAUCAGAAGAGAAUCUCAGUUUUAGGUUCUUUGCCUAUUCUGCUGCUCGCGUUUGUGCUAAUAGGAGUUGUGUUUUUAGGAUACACACCAGAUCAUUGGUGUAAAACAGCGAGUCUUCAAGAGAAAUGUGGUUUUUCGGAGGAGCAGGUGCGGGAUCUGACGGUUCCCCGCACAGGCGCGCGCGGCGCGUUCAGUAAAUGCGUGAAAUUCGAUGACGCGCUUCGGAACGGGAGCGCGCUCAGCUGUAAUAUAUCCAUAUUUAACAACAGCACUCAUCUGUCGGCCUGUAAUGAAGGCUGGACGUUUAAUGAGAACCGGACCACCAUUGUUACUGAGUUUUCAUUGGUUUGCGAAGACUCCUGGCUUGCAGACCUGAACCAGGUAUCUUUAGCUGGAGGGUUCUUUAUAGGUGCCCUAGUCACUGGAUACCUGGCUGACAGGUUUGGGAGAAAAUCAUGUUUUAUUGCAUCAAUAUUUGGCCUUGGAGUCUCUGGGACAUGCAUUAUUUUUUCUCCUUACUACCCUCUGCUCCUGUUCUUUCGAUGUUUGCAAGGAUUUUUUGCCAAAGGAGCAUGGACCGCCACAUAUGUGUUAAUUAUUGAAUUCUUUGGAUCAAACAACAGGAAAUUUGUCUCCGUUAUGUCCCGUACGUUUUACUCGUUGGGUUUGGUUCUGCUUCCUGCUCUGGCGUAUUACAUUCCUUCAUGGAGAAACCUGCAGCUGGCCAUGACUCUGCCCACAUUCAUCUUCCUCAUCUACCACUGGGUUAUUCCAGAGUCUCCCAGAUGGUUGCUGUCACAAAGGAAGACAAAAGAGGCUCUGAGUAUUGUUAAGAGCAUUGCCAAGUGCAAUAAAAGAUCACUUCCUGAAGACUUUCAUGAGAUGGAUCUUCUGAUAGAAAAGCAAGAGGAAAUUAUGCGCCCUUCAUAUAAAGAUUUAUUUAAGACUCCUAAAAUGAGAAAGCACACAUUUAUCUUGAUAUAUGCAUGGUUUACCGGCGCUGUGGUUUUCCAGGGUUUGGUGUUGCGUUUAGGCAUCACUGGAGAUAAUGUUUUCCUGGAUUUUCUCAUCUCAGCUGUGGUUGAGCUUCCAACGGGACUCAUAUUUUAUUUCUUAGUUGAUCGAAUUGGCAGAAGGCCUCUCAUGGCGACAGUGAAUUUUAUUGGAGGUGCUGCUUGUUUGGCUGUUCCAUUUAUUUCACCAAAUAUUUCAUGGCUCAGAAGGACCAUUGCGAUAGUAGGAAGACUAGCUGUUGCCAUUGGGAAUGAGACUGUGAACUUUGCCAACACUGAACUGUAUCCAACACCACUCAGAAACUUGGGCGUAUCUGUGUGCUCUUCAGCCAGUGAUAUCGGAGCAGUCGUUGCUCCGUUUAUUCUGUACAGAUUAGCUAGUAUUUGGCAAGAACUUCCCCUCUUGGUCUAUGGAGUCAUGUCUGUUCUGUACAGUGGACUAGUGAUGCUUCUGCCAGAGAUGAAAGGUGUUGAUCUCCCAGAAACUGUGGAUGAUGUGGAAAACUUGAGAAGGCAUAAACGCAAGGAAAAAGAUGGUGCUCAGUUUCCUGAAAUAAACAUUGUCCCAAUGAAAGCUGUCGAGAAAACAUCCCAAAAGUGAUUCAAUCACAAGUAAAACUUUUAACCACAGGAUUUGUGGUUGAUUACAUUUGCAGUACUGUAAUAAUAUCAUAAUAUAUGCAGAAUGCAUACAGAAAAAGUUCUUUCAGAUGCUUUUAGAUUUAUAAAAAUGACUGAUUCUUUUGUUUCUAAUGUUUUAGUUGCUGUUUAUUAUAUCUAUAUAUUCACUUUC